UUAUAUCUGAUGGGAUUUAAACCAAGAAGUUCAUUAAAGAUAUACUUUAAAGUAAAACCAGCAUCGUUCAUUUAUCCUGAUGAAAAAACUAUUAUUGGUAGCACUACCUUGUUCACAGCAUUAUUGAAGAAGUGUGUAGACCGUGAUGUGGUCCCAAUCUGUAAAUACAUCCCCGGGAAAAAUUAUCCUCCAAGAUUUGUUGCUCUACUUCCGCAGGAGGAAGAGUGUGAUGAACACAAGGUACAGUUAUGUCCCCCUGGCUUCCAUGUUAUUUUCCUACCAUUUGCAGACGAUUUCAGGAAAGUCAAAUAUGAGCAAAAUACAAAAGCUAAUUCAGACCAGAUAGAUGCUGCCAAAGAGAUAUUGAAGAAACUUCAGUUUACGUACUCAGCCGAGAGCUUUGAGAACCCAGUUUUACAGAAACACUGGAGAAACAUCGAGGCCCUGGCUUUAGACAGGGAUUCUCCUGAAGAGAUGACAGAUUACACAUUACCAGAUGAGGAUAGAAUAAAGAGGAGAGCUGGUGACGCUAUAGAUCAAUUUAAAGACCUUGUUUUUCCAGCAGGAUAUGUUGCAGGGGCCAAGAGAAAGGCAGGAGGCGGCGGGGACCCAGGUGCUAAAAGAGCCAAGACAGAGCAAGCGGCUUCAGGGGUCGACCUGAAGGCAGAAGCUGAAGCUGGCCGGCUUGGUAAACUGACAGUGCCUAUUUUGAAGGAGAAAAUAAAAGAGAACAGUAUAUCCUGUACGGGCACGAGGAAAGCUGAUCUAAUAGACGCGAUUUGUGCACACUACAAUGUGGGCGUGUGAAAGGGAUAGACACAAUAUAAUGUGGGCGUGUGAAAGGGAUGGACGGGGCAUAGUUUCAAAGACAUUUCUUGUUUAUUUGAGAUAAUUUGAAUGCGAGAGAUGAACAUAUGUUAGUGAAA